AGCAUCUUUAUCCGACUCCAGGGACGCGUACAUCUCUCGCCAUUGACCAAUGGCUCGUCUGUCUCCUGCCUUGCUCACGGUUCUCCCGCGGUGGGCCAGCGAUGCUUGGCCUCCUUAAUCUAGAUACAACGACAGUGGUGGUGAGGCAAUAACAUGAUGGUGAUGACAAUGGCAUCAGACAACAGCGUUCUUCGAGUUCUCGACUGGUAUAAAGUCACUCGACUGCCGGCUGGAGGUUGCCUGUCUGUCCAUCCUGGCAAGCACUCUCCUUCCACACUCACAUUCUUUCCUUCAGCUCCUUUGUUCCACCAUGCGCUCCAAGAUGAGCCUUUUGGCCGGCACGGCCACUCUCUCUCUUGCCCAGGCGACCAGUCUGGCGGAUGUCUGCACAUCCACCUAUGCUCGCUCCGUGGCCCCCAGCAGCCCUCUCAUGGGCGUUACCGUUGACACCUCAUCCGUCACGGCGAACCCGGUCUACAACUACAGUUCCGCCGCCACAGCCUUCUGGGCAGCCUCCACCUUUGACUUCUGCAACGUGACCCUGUCCUACAGCCACAACGGGCUCGAUGAUCAGGUCCUGCUGCAGUUCUGGCUCCCGGCCCCCGCUGACUUCCAGAACCGCUGGCUCUCUACCGGUGGUUUCGGUUACGCCAUCAACGGCGACAGUGCGGACCUGCCCGGUGGUGUCAUGUACGGAGCUGCCUCCGGCCAGACCGACGGUGGCUUCGGCGGCUUCUCCACCGAAUUCGAUGCCGUGUUCUUGAAGGCCAACGGCACCAUUGACCGCGAAGCCCUCUACAUGGGUGGUCGUGAGGGUUGGUCUCAGGUCCAGCGUUUUGCUGAAGAAUGGGACGGCGCUGUCAUCGGAGCCCCUGCCAUCCGCUACGGCCAGAAGCAGCCCAACCACCUCUUCCCCGGCCUGGUCGAGCAGACCAUGGGAUACUACCCCCCUCCUUGUGAGCUCGAGAAGAUCAACAACCUGACCAUCGCCGCCUGCGACGCCCUCGACGGAAAGAAGGACGGUGUUGUCUCCCGCACCGAUCUCUGCAAGCUCCACUUCAACAUCAACAGCACCAUCGGCGCACCCUACUACUGCCCGGCUGAGACGACCACCACCGUCCUCAAGAAGCGUCUCUCCACCAGCAACACCACCCCCGCCCAGAACGGCACCGUCAGCAAGGAGGGUGCCGCCGUCGCCGCCAAGAUCCUCGAAGGCCUGAAGACCCUGGACGGCAAGCGUGCCUACAUCUGGUACCAGCCCAGUGCGACCUUUGACGACGCCGAAACUCAAUACAACUCCGAGACCGGCGAAUGGGAACUUGACAUCACCUCCCUCGGCGGCGAAUGGGUCGCCAAAUUCCUCGAGCUCCUCGACGUCGAUAACCUCUCCACCAUGGACAACGUCACCUACGACACCAUGAAAGACUGGAUGGAACUCGGCUGGCAGCGCUACGAAGACGUCCUCCAGACCACCUGGCCCGACCUCACCCCCUUCCACAGCAAAGGCGGCAAGAUCAUCCACGUCCACGGCGAAUCCGACCCCAGCAUCCCCACCGGCUCCUCCGUCCACUACCACGAAUCCGUCCGUCAACAGAUGUACGGCUCCCUCUCCUUCAACGAAUCCACCGCCGCCCUCAACGACUGGAACCGUCUCUACCUCGUCCCUGGCGCCGCCCACUGCUCCUACAGCUCCGACCAGCCCAACGGCGGCUGGCCCCAAACCACCCUCCUCACCCUGAUCGACUGGGUCGAGAACGGCCAGAAACCCGACCGUCUCAACGCCACCGUCCAAGAGGGCUCCAACACCGGCGAACACCAGGAACUCUGCGCCUGGCCCCUACGUCCCUUUUACGUUAAGAACGGCACCGAAUUGACCUGCGUUUGGGACGAGGAGUCGUACCAGACUUGGGUGUAUGAUUUUGAUGCGUACAAUCUUCCUCUGUACUAG